GUUGUUAUUAUUUGCAUUGUUAAAAUAAGUAGUAAUGUAAUUGUGUAUUUGAAUAUUUUUUUUGAUAUUAAUAAUAAGUGAUUAUAAAUGAGAAUGUUAUUGCAACUUUAUCGAUACAAAUGUAAAUCAUUUUUAAGAUCUAAAAUUGCAUCAUUUCGAUAUGUAAGUACUUGCGAAAAUACAGUGCAAGAACAAUUAGAUCAAACGAAGAUUGGUUGCACAUCUGUUAUUAACGAAGAAUCGAUAAAUAAACUUGAAAAAUUAUCCUUAGUUGGAUAUAAUAACGAUCAUGGUAUUGCGAUCUUAAAAGCAGCUGUGAAUUUUUCUGAACGUUUACGAAAUAUUGAUAUACCUGAAGAAAUUCAACCAUUGUACAAUCCUUUAGAGGAACAGAAUUUAUAUUUACGAGAGGAUAAAGUGAAGGAAAUUAAUAAUCGUCAAGAAAUUCUGAAAAAUGCACAAGUUUUAGAAGAAGAAUAUUUUAUAACUCCAUUGCAAAGUCAUAAAAACAAAUCAUGUGUAUAGAUAAUGUAUUAAAAAAUAUAGGUACAACGUUUAUGAACUUUUCUAAAAAUGGAUUCAUUUAUGGAUCGCAAGGU